CGGCAGUUGACCAAGGAUACCGUUCCAGUCUGCAUUAUCCGCGAAGAAGCUCUCUCAGCAAUGUCGUUUGCCAACAUCCAAUGACUCGGUCUUAAUGUCUUAUUUUAUUUAGUAAUUUAAAACAUGCACUUUGAUUUUAUUUUUGGGCAGUUUUUUUUUAUUGUUGUUUCCAUUGUCAAAGUUUAGUUGCUGAAUUUGGUUGAAUUACAAAAACCCAAGCCAGGGACUUGGCCAGUUAGUGGAAACAGAAACGGAGAAUUCAAGUCAGUUGAAAAGAUCAAAUAACAGCUAAGAAAUACAAAAGUACCCUUUUCUUUAUGGUUGAAUUGACAAAAAGAUUGGCUGAUCAAAGCCAGAAAGCUGAAUUUUUUUGUCAUUAACUUGUUGAAAGACAUCUUUUUUGCUUGGAUAUUGUGUGUUCUGCAAAAAAAAAAAAAAUCUGAUUUCUGUGUCUGGUUAUGCUCCAACAAGGAGUAUAAGGGAAGGAGAGAUAUUUGAAGAUGGGAAUUUGCUGGGGUUCUCCAGCUGGUAAUCCAACACCAAGCACCACUGGUCAUCUCAGUUCAGUGAUAUCUCAGACAACUAGCAACACAGCAUCUUCUGGAACUUCUAGGGGCAGUAACAUCUCCCGGGACAGCCGGUUCUCAGCUUCAAGUGGCGAUGAGUCUUCUCUAAAUGGGCAGAUUUUGCCCACUCCUAACCUAAGGAUCUUCAGUUUUGCAGAACUGAAGUCUGCAACUAAGAAUUUUAGGCCUGACAUGGUACUUGGGGAGGGAGGUUUCGGAAAAGUCUUCAAAGGUUGGCUUGAUGAGAAGGCACCAGGGAAGAGUGGAAGUGGAACCCUCAUUGCUGUUAAAAAAUUGAAUUCUGAGAGCUUGCAAGGAUUUGAGGAAUGGCAGUCAGAGGUAAAUUUCUUAGGAAGGUUGUCUCAUCCUCACCUUGUAAGGCUGCUGGGAUACUGUUGGGAGGAUAAAGAGCUUCUUCUUGUUUACGAGUUCAUGCAGAAGGGUAGCUUGGAAAACCAUCUAUUUGGAAGGGGUUCUACUGUUCAAUCACUUGAAUGGAAUGUAAGGCUUAAAAUUGCAAUAGGAGCAGCAAAGGGCCUAUCUUUCUUGCACACGUCAGACAAAAAAGUAAUUUACAGAGAUUUCAAAGCUUCAAAUAUACUACUUGAUGGGUCUUAUACUGCCAAGAUAUCGGAUUUUGGGUUGGCCAAAUUUGGUCCUUCAGCUAGCCAAUCACAUGUAACAACAAGGGUCAUGGGUACAUAUGGUUACGCAGCUCCAGAAUAUGUGGCUACUGGACAUUUAUACGUAAAGAGCGAUGUGUACGGUUUUGGUGUUGUUUUAGUUGAAAUAUUAACAGGCUUGCGAGUGCUUGAUCCAAACCGCCCAAGUGGGCAACAUAAUCUGGUGGACUGGGUAAAACCAUAUUUAUCCGAGAGAAGAAGAUUGAAGAGCAUAAUGGACCAUAAAUUGGAGGGAAAAUAUCCUUCCAAAGCUGCAUUUCGAAUAGCCCAGCUUGCUUUAAAAUGUCUUGCACCUGAACCGAAGAACCGUCCAUCAAUGAAAGAAGUUAUAGAGACUUUGGAACAGAUUGAGUCGAUCAAUGAAAAGCCAAUAGAGCGAAGAAAUCGUUCUGCUCAUCACACAACACGCAGGCAUGGCCAGCAGCCGUUGCACCAUCGAUCUCCACUUGCUCCAAAGCAUGAAGCAGGUCAUGCCUAUCAGAACCCUCCACAGGUGAGGUAAGUUGGGACAUCCGUCCAAUUGGUUGCAGGUCUCAAAAUUAACGUGCUAAUUGUUUAGCAAAGAUUUCCCAUUUCUUUAUUUUUGUAUAUUUUUUUUAGAAUCUAUGAGUUUAGUUUUUGCAGUGUGACUUAUGUUGGACAUAUAACUAUGAUAGUCAUUAAAUUGUAAUUAUUUCAAUAAGUACAGCGAGUUGUGGUUGAUAUCUUGUUAGAAUACUUUUAUCUGCGCUUUUGUGCUGUUUAUCAAUCACAAACAGUAGAGAUAAAAACUGAAUAUUGUAAUGGGAUCCUAAUGAUGAGACCUGCCUAUAUUUUUAGUUUUAUGGUCAUUGAGUAUUAUAUUGCUUGUCAUUUUGCAAGUAUUUUCAGUGAUAAAGAAAGUUGUAGGCUUUGUCUCAGCAGUGGUUUUGGUAAAUUGAGAGGACUGUAAAAAACUGUUGACAUUUUUACAGUUCUUGCUGUUACUCACAAAUCCUUCUUCCAUUCCAAAUAAAACUAGGAUUGUCAGCUAGCUGAUAAUCUUUCUGCUUCUUUUUGUAAUAAGAAACAUCAUAAGUAACAAAAUGUUCGGUAAAUCAUUCACUGAGUGAUUUUACAUCAGUAGAUGAAGAGGCAGGUACCUGGGAAAACUUUUAUCUUUUCUGAUUUUAUUGCUUAAAAUGGUAAAGAACAAGAGAUGCUGGUUACUUUGCAGCAGAGAAUUGCAAGUUCUGUCUGCAAGAAACUGAGUAUUCCUUUCUGGAUUAGCUCUGAAGCAGUGGUUGGUUAGUUUAUGCUUGGUUUAAGGUAAGUUCCUACAUUUUACCUGAACCUGGGUCCUGUGGUUUUACUUAACAUUUAGUAGCAGUUUGCCGUUGACAGUUACCACCACUAUUUGUGAUUUAGUCUUGCUGUAAAAAAAAAAACGGUUAAAGUUUGUUAAAUUUGUCACACUCGCUUGUAUAAAAAGCUUCAGAACCUUGUCACCUCUAUUUAAACUUGUUAUAAUACCUAAAUAAAUCCUCAAACUUUACUCUAAAAUGCAAAUAAGCCCUCACAGGGUGGAAAUUCAGUCCAAAUCUAUUUGGUACCAGUAAGACUUUUCCGAUUACAGAUUAAUACCCAUCUCAAAGGCAAAAAAAAUGCAGCAAAAUUGCCAACAAACAUGAGGUCAGCAAUACUGAUUUUUUAAUGAAAAUCCACGGGAAUCACGCUUUCCAACGUUAAUCAGGAGGCACUCACAUCUCCGUAAAAUAAUCACCUAGUGAGUUGUGACCGGUUUUAACAAAACAUGCUAAGCAAUACAAGAAUCCAAUGGUGCUCUCAAUGCUGGUGGGUUCAAUUCCAUGCCUUUCCUGCAGAUGUUUUUCUGGUGUGCAACUUUGCUGUUGGUUUUGACGCCCACUUAUCUCCUGUCUUUUUCAGCUAAAUCUUUACUGUUGCUCUUAACAUGCAUUACAAACCUUAACUUCUUGUG